AUUCCAAUAGCAAGACAGCAUAGCGAAAAACUUACCAAGGAAGUAAGGAAUUACUCCAGGAAUUACUGCAAAGUUAUUCUGUCAGAGUAUUUGUUGGACGUUCCAUCCACUUUCGCUUGCUGGAACAGAUAAUUGUUCAAGACUUCCAAUUGCAUCAUUCGUCAUAUUCUUGAUCCUCUUUACAAAAUGAAAUCUGUCUACGGAUUAAUGCUUUUGAUGAUUUGGGCUGGAUUGGAGAUAACUGAAGUAGUAUCAACGGGAAAAUUUGAUUUUGAAGUAUUCGAUGUAAACGAUGACAAGAUACUUGAUAUGAUGGAUUUGGGUGGUUUGAGUAGCUUUACAAAAUUCAACAAUCAAUUCAAGACUCCUCAUGAAAGAACCGCAAUAUUAGAGGUAUUAAAAUCGGUUCUGGAUUCAAGAUCUAUAAACUCCAAUGAAUGGGAAAGUAGUUAUAAAGCAAUUAUCAUAUCCAAAUACAAUGAGAAAAUCAAUGCUGAACAUGACCGCUAAACAUCUAAAAAGUCAAUAUAGAUUUAUAUAUAAUAUAGAUAUCAUGCAGUUUUUGCAGAAUAAAAUUAUUAUUUUCUGAGUUAUUAAAAUUUUGUCUUUUCAAUUCAAGUGUGUGUAUAAUUUGCAGUCAUGUUGUAUUGCUAUCAUGCUGUUUUAGCAGAAUAAAAUUAUUAUCCUCUGAGCAUUUAAAA